AUGAAUCAAUAAAGAUUAGACAAUAAUAUAAAUUAGUAGUCAGGAUUAGAUUCCUUGCUUUAAACAUGGUGGUAAUCACAUCUAUUUGGAACAAAAGUUAUCUUAACAAUUUCAUCAAUUUUUGGAUUAAUUGAUCUAUUUACACAUUAUACCUUUAAUUUCUUCAGUAAUUCCCCAAAUUCAACAUUACCUUUUUAAAUAUGGAGAUUAUUUUUUGCAGAUUUUGUUCAUUGUAUAAUGAAAUUUUAUAAUAUACUUUAGAUUACAGUAUUGAUAUGAUAUUAGCAAUAAUAUGUAUUUCUAAUAAAUUCAAAGAGUUCGAAAUAAAAAACAGCACAAUUUCAUUCAUUAUCAUCAUUUUUAUUUUAGGUUUUAUCACUUAAGUAUAAAAACAAAUAUAUCAUUUUAGACAAUUUGCCUUUUAUUAUAAUUUUUCUUCUCCUUCAUUUAUACUCCUUUCUCUUAUAAACCAGCAUAUAGUUUAUGGAACUAUUUCAUAUUCUUCAUUAUUCAAGAGUAUCAAUUAUCAUUUUAUUUUAAGUUGUCUUAUGAUACCAAAUGGAUAAAGUCAAUUAUUGAUUUUUCCAAUUUAACUAAAAAAUAAAUAUUAUUCAAUUUUGUUUGUUAUUCUCUUUAGUUUAAUUCAGCAAUCUUUGACUUUUAUUAGUUCAUCAAUUGUUGCUAUUAUUUAUUAUCUAUUUUAAGAUAAUUUUACUUUUUUGCCAGCAGUAUAUAAAUCAUUUUUAUAAAGACUAUUUAAAAAAUAGAAAACGGAAUUAUUUUUAAACAUUUUAUAGAGCAAAUAGAUUUUAAAAGAAUUUAAAAUUAUUAAGAUUAAUUGGAAUAUAGUAUUGAUUCUAGAGUAUUACCAUAAAUAUAAACACCUCCUGCUAAGUUUUAUUUAUAGAUUUUUAUAUUAGAUUAACAAUUGAAGGAAGUGCUCCAUUUCCACCAUCUCUUUUACUCUAAGAAUUGCAAAAGUAAUUAAAUGUUAAAGGUUUAAAAAAUCAAGAAAGAAUUUAAAAGGAAGAAGAUGAAGAAUAAAAAUAAAUGGAAUAAAAGAAAGAAGAAUACGAUUUAUGA